CGGAGGAGAAGAACGCUUUAGGAGCAAUUAGCAAAGAGCUGAAGCCUGCUGCUUCUGCUGCAGACGGGGAGGAAGCAAGGGCAGUUCCGUCCGGAGGCUCCCUCCACAGCAGGCAUUUGCUCACUCCAGCUGCAAAAGGGUUUCAGAUGUCCCACCGCUGCUUGACCCCCUGCAAACAAGGGUUGACCACCAGAGGCACAUCCCACCUCUUGCUUGUAAUCACUGACAUACACUGAGGCUACAGCUUCCAACCUGUUUACAACCAGACGGGGGAGAGAAGUUGGGAUUUCUCUCUCUCUCUCUCUUUGGAGUUUUUUUUUUUUUUUUUUUUUUUUGGGUACUUUCUGAAGGAUUCAAAGCAAAACAAAGAAACUGCCUCCUCUGGGCUGUCAGUGAGAAGGGACGAGUUGUACAACUGGCUUGCGCUUUGCCAAGGAAAGGGGGUGGGGAAAUCAGAAGAAGGUGCAAAAGCCAUCAAGUGUGUGUGUGUGUGUGUGUGUGUAGGGGGUGGGCUUGGGGCAAGAAACCCCUUCCAGUACCCCCUUGGGUUCUAGUCGUUAUUUAUUUUUGCUAUCGUUUGUUCACUCUGCUGUCAUCUAUUUUUCAGACCUUUCUGCAUCUAAGAUGGUAAAGAAAGGAGGGAGGAAGAGAACGAAAUAACCACGGGGAAGCCUCAGACCAGGUUGGGGAGGGGGGGUGAGAAUAAAAGGAGAGAGGAUUAACCACCACCACCACCACCACACAAAAACCCCACCAACUUUCUUCUGUGAGGGAGGACUCGAAGGAUUAAAAAGGCAGCAACUUCUGAGGCGAUUUGUCCCGAGUUAUGGAUGUUGGUGCACUCACUUCAGGCCAGAUCAGAGCUCAGAGGGCUCUAACCAGAAGCAGCAGCCACCAGCUCUCCACUUGCCUUUUACCAGGUUUUACCCUUCCAGUAUGUUUCUUCUGGUGAGACAUUUUCCAGCGCCCAGCGUUUCAGUACAAUGUGCAAAUGGAUACUGACAAAUGGUGCCUCAGCCUUUUCCCACCUGCCUUGCUGCGGGUGCUGCUGCCUAUUCCUGCUGCUCUUCUUGGUGUCUUCUGGGUCUGUCAUCUGCCAGGACAUGCGGUCCCCGGAGGCCACCAACGCGUCUUCUUCAUCCUCCUCCUCCUCUUCAUCCUUCUCCUCUCCUGCCAGUGCGGGGAGGCACGUGCGGAGCUACAAUCACCUCCAGGGAGAUGUGCGCUGGAGGAAGCUCUACUCUUACAACAAGUACUUUCUCAAGAUUGAGAAGAACGGCAAGGUCAGCGGGACCAAGAAGGAGAACUGCCCGUACAGCAUAUUGGAGAUAACAUCUGUGGAAAUUGGAGUUGUGGCUGUUAAAUCGAUUAACAGCAACUAUUAUUUAGCCAUGAACAAGAAAGGAAAAGUCUAUGGCUCUAAAGAGUUUAACAGCGAUUGUAAAUUGAAGGAAAGAAUAGAAGAAAAUGGAUACAACACAUACGCAUCCUUAAAUUGGAAGCACAAUGGAAGACAAAUGUUUGUGGCCUUGAAUGGAAGAGGAGCUACAAAGAGAGGACAGAAAACAAGGAGGAAAAACACCUCAGCUCACUUUCUUCCAAUGGUAGUAAUGUCAUAGAUGAAGGAACUGUUUUAUUGAUGCAGUUGAACCAAAGGCUCUUUUGUCAAGUAUACUUGGUAAUCCUCUUGAAGAGUAAAGGCAAAGAAACAGUGCAGACGUCUGCUUGUUUGAAAAGGGGGGGAAGCCUUUGAAGGUUUUGUGCUCAUUGCUGGCACACGAAGGACUUUUAAUUAGUUCUGUGUCAUAUCUUAUAAUCAAGAUACAAGCUGGAUCAAAUGGGAUGGGAACUAUUCCCAGUGUGAAUAAUGUUUUUUUAUCUCUGUGAUAGAACUUGCAGGACGUGAGACAAUCUGUUGAAUGAUCUUCGGGGAAAGUUAUUUAUGGAAUACUAACUCAUAUCAAAGACCUUCAUUGCUCAUUCAAGCCUAAUGAUCCAAUGAACAGUUAAACACGCAAGCAUUUACUGGAAGCACUUGGGUCAUAUGCACAAAUAAAGAAGUUUCUGGAGUAGCCUCGUGGAAGAAUGGAUAGGAUUAAGAAAUAUAAGCAUAUUAGAGUUAAACUGUUCUAACAAAAUGAAUAGUAUGGUUUGCCUGUGUAUUCUAACUUCAUUCCUUUUUAUUUCUCUCUAAGUUAUUUAUUUAAUAGGAUGUUAAAUAUCUUUUUUUGGUUUUAAAUGAUUUCCUCAGUUGCUUCCUUAUUUUUCCCCCUUUUUUCAGCUUUUCUCACAGGGGUUGAUAGAGUAAACUUUCAAAACCUUACUGACUGCCUGAGAACGGGAAACUGACAAGUCAGCAUUGCAGUGAAUAUGUCCAAUCUGUUUUCUUCUAAACUGUUUUGCACUGAAGCAAAAGGACCUGGAGCAGUGCUCAGAUUUAUCACACACAUUGGAUGUGUUUAUGUUUGUGAAUCCUACCUGCCAUCACUCAAGAACAAACUUCAAGAAAUACAUUGUCAGGAGGGUUUUGUUGCUUGUAUGAAAUGGAUGGAGAGGGCCAAAUCUGUACUCAGGUGUAUUUGUGUUUGGGAUGUGUAUGUGUAUGUAAUUCAGAUCCCAUUGAUUUGUAUUUGGGACUAAUGUAUAGACUUACUUAGGGGUCUGAUCCAAAAUUCAUUGCAGUUAAUGGGAAUCUUUUCAUUGCCUUUAGUGGUCUUUGGAAAAAUUCCUAAAUGUGGCUCAUGCCCAUUGAUUUUAAUGAGAUUGCAAUAUUGCAUGCAUUUAAAUACAAGCAGAAUUAUCCUGUGGAGCUGGAAGCACCUGAGAGCAGAAUUUGGCUCCCGAAAAGUGAGUCCAAAAAGAGCACAGUCCUGCAGUCCUUAUUCAGUUAACCUGCAUAAUUCAACCAAAUUGUCCUCAUUAACAGCUUGAAGAGUCGCAGACGUUUAUUGGGAUCAUUUCCUGAAUAAAGACAAUAGGAUAUUCAUGAUCAUGCAUUUAUCAGAGACUACUUUCAAAUGCAUAUAACAUUAUGAGAGCCAGCUAAAGAACAGCAUCCGUGUCCCUAGUUAGAAUAUCUUUCAUAUCCAUCACAAUAAAUGAAUGCUCAAAAAACACAAUAUCAGGCAUUUUUUAUGAAAUGUUACUAUUUCCACGGCUUAAUUUGAGCAAAUGAGUUUAAGCCUAUUAUGAAGUCUGGUCAACCUAAAAGAAUAUAAGGUUUGUUUUUUGCUUUACUUAUUUCUGUAAAUUUAGAGAGCUCAUCAAUAUAACCGUAUUGAGAUUCAUUUUGUUAGAGCAGAUGAAUAGAAAACAGUACAUCAGCCAACAUGUACCACUGUCUUCACAUUGUAUUCCACUAAAUAAAUGCAUAAACCUCUCUGCAGUGUCCGUAGUGAGAAAAAAAAGUAGUAUAAUAAUAUUUUUUCUAAAUACUUUAAGUGAUAACUAUGAGAUUAUAUUGAUGUGCAGUUCUAUCUUCAGUAUUGUUGGGGAAAAGUUGGUUUUAUUUUUAUUGUUUGGAAACUGUAUUUUGAUACAAAGGAGAGUUUUGCUACAUGUGUCUUUUUUUUUUUUUUUAACUAAAGUUUUACCUGUAGAAAGGCUGGUGUUAUUGUGAUCUUCUAUAACUUAUUUGAGUCAAUGCUUAACCAGCACUUCCAAUGUUAAUCGUUAUUUAAGUAUUAGCUAUGUAUUAAAAAAAAAAAAAAAAAAAAAAAAA